AUGACUACUAUUCCAGAAGAAGAUCAGGUUCCUACAAUUGCUUUUCCAACUGUUUUUUAGUAAGGUUCAUACGAAUAUGAUAACCCAUUUGAAUAGCAAGAGUAUGAAAUAGGCUAAAUCGAAGUCAUGGGUUAUGAUAGUGUUUAAAAUAAAGGAGGAAGGGGUAAAGUUAUUACUAAGAAUAAUUAAAGCGUAAAAUAAAUUCAGAAACAAUUAGUAUAAAGAAUGCAAAAAUAUAGCAUUUUUAGCUUUGAAUUAAUUAAAGUAAGUAAUGGAACUAUUAAAAAACUCUACCUUCUGCUCUAUAACACUACUUACUACUCUUAUAGCUAAUAUGAGACCUUUAUUAGAGUUGAAAAAGACUCAAAAUUAUUAGAAAAAUGUUGCUAAUAUACUUUAAAGCUACACGAAAAACUGAUAAAAGAAGAAAAAGUGCAUUAAAUUUAAGAUAAAAACUCUCUCUUAAUCAUGAAUUAAAUGGAAUAAAUUAUCAAAAAAAUACAGGAAGAGAUUAAAAAUAAUCAAUAAACUUCUGAAGAUGGAGAUAUAUUAAAAAAAUAAAAUUAAAAAUAAGAUGUAAGCUAAAAUAUAAACAUGAAAAAAGAGCUAGAAAACUUUAAAAAGGAAGAUCUUAAAGACAAUUACUAUCAAAGUUAUAUUUAACAAAUUCAAAAAACAAGAGUUUAAUCUAUUAUUAUAGAUUUCUAAAAAUUAUUGCUGUAAAUAUGCGAUUUCAUAGAACUCAAGCCAUAAAAUGAUUUAAUAAUAUUUGAAGAUAUGAUAAAAAAAUAUUUACAAAAUCUUGUUUUAAAUUUCUCAACUUCGAGUGAAAAAGAAGUUUUAUUUUAAUAUUUUAAAGAAAUCUUAAAUACAGAUAACAUCUUAAGUAGAUUUAAUCUAUUUAAAACCUAAAUAAACUCUCUAAAUUCAUUGUUAAAAUAAAUACAAGUAAGUUAUGGUCUUGAUUUUAAAGAUGAUCAAGAGCUUUUAAAGCAUAAACCAAUAUCAUACAAAUAAUCCAUACCACGUAGCAUAAAAAGUAUAGUUGAAUCAAUAGAUUAAGAUAUGAAUGGCAUUGAUAGACGAAAACCAAUUGCCCUAUAAGUUUUACCUUAAAAAACAUAUUGA